AUGACCCACUACGCGCGCAAGGCCUCGACAUCGCAUAUAAAAGGAUCUCUCGGCCUAGACAGUACAUACAAGAAAGUUUUUAUCCCCAAAGCCACAUCCUGUAGCAAUAAUGGUGAGGAUUCUCCCAGUGUAGCUUCAUGUACCACCACUAACGUCCCAAACCAGAUCCCCCGAACAGAGGCACUAUACCUUGACGACGCCUCGCUGCGGACAUUGACUACGGAGAUUCUAUCAUCCCAGCCAAUACCCUCACUAUCCGAAGAACAGAAAACCCUAGUCAAAAACGUGCCCACAGAAGACAACGCGAUCACCACACGCCAGACAAUCUUCUACGCACAAGGCGGAGGACAGCCCAGCGACACCGGCGCAAUCGCAGCAAUAGACCAAAACACGACGUUUGAAGUCUCGCUGGUGCGCAAGACGUCCGACGGACUGUACCUGCAUUUUGGAAAAUAUCUAGACUCUUCGUCGCCCUUUGCGGAGGGCCAGCAUGUCGUGCAAAGGGUCGAUGACUCAAAGCGCAAUUAUCAUUCCAGGCUCCAUUCCGCCGGUCACAUUGUUGGAUUGGCUAUGCAGCUUUUGAUGCCGGAGAUGAAGAAAGUCAAGGCGAAUCAUUUUCCGGGGGAGGCGGCUAUGGAAUAUGAAGGGUUGUUGUAUAAUGAGCAUAAGCGGAUUAUCCAGGAGAAGGUUGAUGAGCUGGUGUCGCGGGAUCUGCCCAUUCUCAUGUCUUGGUUGGAGGGCGGGGUGCGGAUGGGUGAUGGGGAGGGUUUUUCUCGUGAUGGUCGGACUCGGAUUGCGAGUAUAGGUGGGCUGGAUCACAAUGCUUGUGGGGGUACUCAUGUUGCGCGGACGGGUCUGGUCGGUUCGGUUGUUAUUCGGAAGAUCAGUCGGCAAAAGGGUGUUAGUCGCGUGGCUUAUGAUGUUUCUGCAGGGGUUGAGGGAUAA